UAGAGUUACAGAGAAAAGCGCAGGCCUCGAAUCGAUCCUUCACCCCUAAAGUGUCCAAAGAACAACCCCAGCCGGCGACUCUCUUCUCGACCCAACAACAGUUCAAAACCGCCUGAAAGCAAACAUGGCACUCGAUUUCGCAGCUACUUAUAAAGUUCUGAUGCUCGGUGACUCGAACGUCGGUAAAACCUGCAUUGUUCAUCGUUAUUGUGACGAACGUUACUACGACACGUAUAUUUCGACCCUAGGUGUCGACUACAAACAAAAAAUAAUUAACCUGGAUGGAACGCCAAUUAAGCUUCAGAUCUGGGAUACUGCGGGUCAAGAACGAUUUAGAACGUUAUGUUCAGCGUAUUAUCGUGGUGCUAUGGGCAUUCUUCUAAUGUACGAUGUUACUAGUUUGGACAGUUUCAAUCAUCUCUCAUAUUGGCUGCAAAGCAUUGAAGAGUAUGCUUCAUCGGAUGUAGUGAAGGUAUUGACAGGAAACAAAUGUGAGGUUACCACACAAAGAGCUGUUGACGCGGAAAAGGGACAAAAGAUAGCAGACAAUUUCGACAUGCCUUUCUUCGAAGUCUCUUGCAAAGAAAAUAUUAACAUCGAAGAAGCGUUUCUUACUCUAGCCAGAAGAAUACGAGAACAACAAGGGCGUUCGGCGAGUUGGUUCGCAGCUUCGGAGAAGAAAGGAGCGAACAGUGUGAUCAAAUCUCAGUCGUCAUCUAAGCGGAGCGACGCAUGGAGCUGCGGGUGUAUAUUUUUUUGCGCAUGAUGCGAAUGACUUCGAAUUAACGAAUUUCACACAUUGCUUACCAGAAGUAGCAUUCUGUGCCGUUUACAUCGUUAGCCUAGGUGAAUAUUUGACGCAAAAGCAUCUACAGUUCGUUAUUCACGCGAGCCAAGCCGGCCUGUGGCUCAAAAGUGAAGAGGGACAAGGGGACUCGGCCACACGCUUCACCUCAGCUCUAAGCUUGGCCAUUAACAAGGACUUGUCGAAACUAAUUCCGUCAUUACUAUCGGGUCGUUCUCCUUGAAUUCUGUUCAGUUUAGAGCCAUAGACCGGCUUGGCUCACGUCCGUAAUGCAUUCUACGUGUAUACAUUACAAUUACACAAAUUUUCGAAAUAAACCACAUAAAAUUGAGUAUAUCCUUCUUUUUAAAUAUUCCACUCUAUUUUACUCUUGGUAAACUUAUGCCUAAGUUCAUACUAUGCCGCUUACAGCGUUAGAUUGGGUGAAUAUUUGAAGCAUCUACAGUGCGUUACUCGUGUGAACCCAGCUGGCCUAAAGCUCAAAAGUGAAGAGGGGCUAGGGGACUAGGCCGCACGCUCCACCUCAGCUCGCAGCUCGGCCAGUAACAAAAACGUACCGAAACUAAUUCCGCCAUUACUAUUGGUCCCGCGAGUAGACACUUCUCCUUGCACCCUCUUCACUGUAAUGUAUGUAUGUCCUUCACGGGACUUGUCAUCCCCAAGAGGCUACAGCGCGUUAUUAACAUGAUUCUAGCCGGCCUGUGGUUCAAAACUGAAGAAGGGAAAUAAAUGUUACAAAUAACAAUCUAUAUAAAACGACAUUAAGUAAAAUAGUAUUAGGUUGGUGCGUAUGAAAUGUCAGAUUUUCAAGUGAAUAUAUAAAUAUGCAUUUCUUUUUUCAAAGGCUGUUUAUUUAAUUAAAAUAUGCUCCAUUUGCUUCAAUACACUUUUCACACUUUAAUGCAUAAAUGCGUGUAUUAGAGAAAUUCUGAUCUUUAGAAUCAAUAAACUCUGAUAUGGAAUUUUUCAGGCUGCCUUCAUUUUCGUACUGUUUAGCUCGUAAAAAUUGUUCUAAAUAUUUAAAAAAAUGAAAGACGGAUGGCGAAAGAUCCGGUGAAUAAGCUGGGUGCUACAAAAUGUUAUAUUUUAAUUCAUUUAAUUUCGCAAUUGUUUUGUACGGCGUAUGCGGCCGAGCGUUGUCGUGGCGAAGUAUUGGGCCAUGCCGAUUAACAAGUGAUGGGCGGAUAAUUUUCAAUUUUUCAUGCAUUUCAUCAAUAUACUGGCAGUACUUUUCGGUUGUAAUUGUCUUCCCAGUUCGAAGGAAUGAGUAGUGAAUUACUCCAGUCACAUUCCACCAAACUACACUCUGUUUGACAAGAGCGUGUCCGGCAAAACUCGAAAACUAUUUAGGAUAUCGGGUUCGAAAAAAAUACACAAAUUCUUUAUGGUGUAUACUAAGAUGCUUUAUUAUUAAUAUGCUGUCCAGUCACUGCCAUUAUCAAUAAUUAAUUUACAUCUUCGAGGCAUACUUUCUACUAAUGUAAUCGCAUAAUCACGAGAUAAGGACCUCCAUACCAAUCGAAUUUGACGAAUCAGCUUCUUGAUCGUGUUGAGCUUCUUUCCUCUGAGCUUGAUCUUCAUGAUUGCCCAAACAUUUUCUAUUGGAUUUGCAUCCGGCGACUGUGAAGGCCAAUCUAGUACAUCGAUGUGAUUUUCCUCUUUCCAGGCUGUACAGUGUCGACUUCGAUGUUUUGGGUCAUUAUCCUCUUGCAGUAGCCAAUGUUUAUUAUUUCUUAUAAACCACCUCUGGGCAGAUGGUAAUAAGACUCUCUGAUAGAUUUUGACCAUUUUGGCAGCGUUUAAAUUGUCAGUGAAUACGUGCAAAGUACCGAAACCCUGCUUCGAGAAGCAACCCCAAACAUGCACAUUUACCGGGUGUUUAACGGUUCGCUGAAGGAGUUUAUUGGCGUGGGUACACCAGGUAUGGGUUAUAAAAGUAUGUGCCCAAAAAGAAGUUUCGUCCGAAAAAAUUACAUUGUCCCAAUCACGGUUCAAAUUUUCAUUCGCCCAAGCGAGUCUUUUUGUGACAUGUUUCUCGGAUAGUAGAGGUUUCUUUAUUGUGCUUCUAAAUUUCACAUUAUUUGCCAAUAAUCGUCUUCUUAUCGUAUCACAUGACAAUUUCAAACCCUUUCUACAUAAAACUGCCUGUCCACUACGUAACGAUAGACGGGGAUUCUUCUCGAAUUCGCGUAAAAUCAAUUUAUCCUCUUUCUUCGUCGUCUUUGACUUAGUGCCACGAUUUGGUAGGUCAUCGACGUUUUUGACCUCCAAAUAUCGUUUCACCCACUUACUAACAAAUGUCUUCGAUUUCUUCAUGUAUUUAGCAGCCGCCGUGUAUGACAUUUUUGGUCCUUUAGGAUGGAAACACAGAAACACUGCUUCGUAACGUGAUGCGUACGCGGCACUCAUAAUGAAAUACGUCGUUUUACGAAUAAGCUCGAUCAACAACUGAGGGUUUUUUGUACAAAGCAUCUUAGGGAAACAUUCAAGUUACCUGCUUGAAGUAGAAUUUCCUACCUAAGGCAUCGCAGGUAAGAGUUUUGCCGUACACGCUCUUGUCAAACAGACUGUAUUAUUAAAAUUUUUCGUGGAUGAAAUGAUGGCUUUGGAGUUGAGCACAAGCCUCAUCCCCAUCAAGCCACCGAGCAUACCUUUUCCUAUCGUCGUAAAGAAUCCAUUUUUCAUCACAAGUAAUAAUCCGAUCGAAAAAUGGCACUCGAUGAAAUCGGGUUAGUGACGAUGAGCAUACAUUCAACCGAUUCAGUUUAUUUCGCUCGGUUAGUUCGUGCGGUACCCACUUAUCUAUUUUUUUCACCUUGCCAAUUUCAGGAAGGUUUCGGAAUAUUGUUGUAUGGUCAACUUUCAUGGUGGUAGCAAGUUCCUUUGUAGAUACAGUUGGAUUCGUUUCCACCAAUGCUUUCAGAGCAUCGUUUUUCACAGACGUUUUGGGUCUUCCACGCGGUUCAUUUUGUAAGAAAAAAUCACCAGACCGAAAAUUUUCAAACCAACGCUGCACUUUUCGGUCAUUAACAGUAUUCUCCCCAAAAUCCUGGUUUAUAUUGCGUGUAGUUUUUGCAGCAUUAUUACCAAGUUUAUACUCAUAUAAAAAAAUUAUACGAAUAUCGGUUGAAUUCAUAUCGGUAUAAUAUUCGAAACAAAUAACAAAAGAGAAUACUUUUUAGAAAAUUUUCUUUGUUAAAAUGUGACUCUGGCAAUGGACAGUACGACUAUAAACGAGGUUAUGCCAAAAACAAAAGCAUAACGAAAACAGGGAGACAAACGUUCACAUGUAAAGAAAAACCGACAUUUCAUAUGCACCAGCCUAAUAUUAUAUAUUCGCCAAAUCAUUUGAUCAGUGCUUGUGUCAUUAUUUCAUCAGUAUUACAAUUGAAUAAGCUAAAAGUACACUCGAGUGUGAAUGGAAAAAUAAAUAAAGGAAGCACUGACUUAGUUAUUUAUUUACAACUAUUUACACAGGACUCUUUAGUAAAUAUACUGAAUUAUUAAAUGCCUUAUUCCAUUAAAAGAAAUUGUUUUACUGUAAUAAUUAGAUCUUAUUUUGUUAGAGUAUAAUACAAUGUUAAAAAUAUAACUGUUAUCUUAUAAUACAAAAUAUUUUUCUCGUAAUUUUUUUAAUUUUUUUCACGAAUGUAUUAAUAUUUUUUAAUAUUUUACAGUUUUUUUGGAAAGUAUUUUAUUUAGAAAUAUAUUAUCGCUAAACAACACAGCUCAAAGUUUGAUUUUUAGACUAGUCGUAGUACAUUUUUAAGCUGCAAAAUAAUAAAAAUAUCACGCGUCGAAUUAAGAUAAGUUUCCACUCUGAGCUUCAGGUACCCUUCCUAUUAUUUCAUCUUGAGAUUUUAGAAUGAAAUAUGAUGAAAUAAUGAAAAUUUUGAAAUAUUCUUCAAAUUAAUAUGUUUCUAUAUCAGCAAAUCAAUACUUUGAUUAUAUUCGUAUACAACUACUAAACAGAAGAGACAAAAGUCGACCAUUUCAAUUUAAUAAUUAUUAAAAGCGAAUAUAUAAUUGAAAACUGAUAUUCUCCGUCAGAACAAAAAUUAGCUUCAGAUAUGUAUUUUAAGAAAAUAUUAUACAAAAUGUUCACUGCCUCUGAUAUUGAUGAAACGAUAUUUUUAAUGUCAUCAUAUCUUCGAUAAAUGACGAAUUUCUUAAUGUAUAAUGAACACGUUCACUGCUAACAAAAAAGCGCGAAAGGAACGUUCUAAUAUCGAAAAGAAUUGCCAUUCUCCGAGCCAUUACUCUCUUAGAUUUCUGCGUAAGUCUUCAAAUCACAUAGUGUAAGAAACAUACGAAAAACUUUCAUUUUUCUAUUUCGACUUUUUUACAGUAUAUCAAGUAUUGUUCUACAUAGACUGCAAAGGUUCAUGCAACAUAUUUUUUGUAUACAAAUAUAAAAAUACCGGAAUAAAAUAAAAUUCUAUUUAUUACAAAUUUAAUAAAUUAAAAACAAAUCGGUGUUGCAUUAAAUAUUAUUAAAGUUUGUAUUUUAUAAAUUUCUGAAGUUUCAUAUGUGCUGUAGAACAUAAUAACCGGAAGUAUCAUGUGUUUACAAGCUGGUGAUACAGGUGCGACGUCUUCUUUUGAUAGCUGCUGGAAAUGAUUUUGAUACAGGCCAUAUGGUGGGGAUAUGUAAACCGAGUACGUGCUCUGUAUACAUAAAUGCGUAUAGAACGGCCAUUCCAUUCCAAUCACGAAUCGAUUUCCGGUAGUAAAGCAGCUACUACACGUGAUAUACUGGCAACGAUAAAUUUAAAUUUAAUAAAAAUAUACAGAUCUUCCGUGAAAAACAAAAUGAAUAAUAUAUGACAUCAAAACGUAGAGUACAUGUAAUGCCAACAAUUAUUAUUUGAUUAUCCAUCUAUAUGUAUAUCGUUAAUAAUUACCCCUUUGAACUCGAGAAUAUUUUUCUCAACAAAUAUUCAUUAUUUUCUGAUGAAGUAUCAAUGAUACUUUUUUACAACUAACAUAAAGAUAUAUCUUGCAUUAAUUAAGGGACAGAACUAUUUUAUUUCGAUGUUCCAUGUGUUGAUACAUUAUACAAAAUUUAAUAUUGAAUUUUAAAUUUUAUAAUUCUGCUGGAUUAAAUUAAAUGGCGACUGAAAGGCAUCUCUCGAGUACAAAGGGUUAAUUGCAUCGUAUAAAAGUUUCUAAAAUAAGGUCAAAAAUAUGAUUUCGAAAACAUGGCAAUUAUUGAAAUUACAGAUAGCCUGUUAAUAAAUAAUUAGAGAAAACUUGUUGCGAACAUCGCAGAAUAAUUGGUCGAUCAGUUUUUAAUGUUACUUUCUCAAAAACAGUUGAUAGUUGUUUUACUGCAUGACGAUUCGAGAAUUUGAUGAAUACGUGUACUCGCUUUCUUUGAGAUGUGUAUGGUUCUAGGGAAGGAUAAUGAACUCUGUGUUAAUGUUCGAAAAUAGAACCGGUUGUAUAAUCUUCUAGAAUCAUUCGUCUAGAGUUGUGUUCAUUACAGCGACUAUUUGUGAC